UCACCAGGUCCCCAGUAUGUGAACUAUGGAUUUCAAGAGGGGGAGGGAACUGAGGGAAGACCCCCUGCAUAUGCCUCCGCCCCGCAGAUGCCCAACGUCCCCCCCUCUAUUUACCCUCAGUACACCCCCCAGUACAACCCCCAGUACACCCCUCAGACCAUCAAGACCCACAACACGGUCACCCCUGGACUACCACACCUUGUCCCAGUACGAAAAGGUACAGUAUUUACCCUUCUACUGAUAUUCCUCAGUUGAUAAACAAUGUCAAUAUAUCUGCAGUAUACUUUUCAUACACCGUCAUUUUUUGCCUUCUAUUGUUUAUUAUAAAACGUUGUCUGAGCAGCUUUGAGGUGUCCCAUUUGGUCUUCACGUCUGUUUUGCCAUGGGAUGUCUUGUCUUAAUCUCUGUUUUGUCAUAGGCUAUUAUAAGGUUUACAGUGGCUUCAGAAAGUAUUCACACCCCUUGACUUUUUCCACAUUUUGUUGUGCUACAGCCUGAAUUUAAUAAAAUGAGAUUUUGUAUCACUGGCCUACACACAAUACCCCAUAAAGUGGAAUUAUGUUUUUAGAAAUGUUUACAAAUUAAUCAAAAAUUAAAAGCUGAAAUGUCUUGAGUCAAAACGUAUUCAACCCCUUUUGUUAUGGCAAGCCUAAAUAAGUUCAAAUCAAAUCAGGAGUAAACAUUUACUUAACAAGUCACAUAAUAAGUUGCAUGGACUUUUGAAUGACGACCUCAUCUCUGUACCCCACACAUACAAUUAUCUGUACACUCUUAGAAAAAAAGGUGCUAUCUAAAACCAAUAAGGGUUCUACGGCUGUCCCCAUAGGAUAACCCUUUGAAGAACCAUUUUUGGUUACAGGUAGAACCAUUUUGGUUCAAAGUAGAUCUAUUUUGGUUUCCAUGUAGAACCCAUUACACAGAGGGUUCUACAUAGAACCCAAAAGAGUUCUACCUGGAACCUAAAAGAGUUCUAACUGGAACCAAAAAUGGUUAUCCUAUGGGGACAGCCAAAUAACCCUUUUGGAACCCUUUUUUCUAAGAGUGUAUGGUCCGUCAGUCGAGCAGUGAAUUUCAAACACAGAUUCAACCACAAAGACCAUCAAGGUUUUCCAAUGCCUUGCGAAGAAGGGCACCUGUUGGUAGAUGGGUACAAAUAUCCCUUUGAGCAUUGUGAAGUUAUUAAUUACACUUUGGAUGGCGUAUCAGUCACUACAAAGAUACAGGCAUCCUUCCUAACUCAGUUGCCGGAGAGGAAGGAAACCGCUCAGGGCUUUCACCAUGAGUUUAAUGGCUGUGAUAGGAGAAACCUAAGGAUGGAUCAACAACAUUGUAGUUACUCAACAAUACUAACCUAAAUGACAGAGUGAAAAGAUGGAAGCCUGUACAGAAGAAAAAUAUUCCCAAAACAUGGAUCCUGUUUGAAAUAAGACACUAAAGUAAAUCUGCAAAAUAUGUGCAAAGAAAUUAACUUUAUGUCCUAAAUACAAAGAGUUAUGUUUGGGGCAAAUCCAACACAACACAUUACUGAGUACAACUCUUCAUAUAGUUAAGCAUUGUUUAGGGUAUGCUUGUCAUCGGCAAUGACUAGGGAGUUUUUUUUAGGAUAAAAAGAAACGGAAUAGUGCUAAGCACCGCAAAAUCCUAGAGAAAAACCUAGUUCAGUCAGCUUUCCAACAGACACUGGGAGACAAAUUCACCUUUCAGCAGGACAAUAACCUAAAACACAAAUUGCUUACCAAGAUGACAUUGAAUGUUCUUGAGUGGCCUAGUUACAGUUUUGACUUAAAUCGGCUUGAAAAUCUAUGUCAAGACUUGAAAAUGCCAGUCUAGCCAUGAUCAAUAACCAACUUGACAGAGCUUGAAGAAUUUUUUUAAUAAUAAUGUGCAAAUAUUGUACAAUCCAGGUGUGCAAAGCUCUAAGAGCAGUGUUUCCCAAACUCGGUCCUCGGGACCCCAAGGGGUGCACAUUUUGUUUUUUCCCGUAACACUACACAGCUGACUCAAAUUAUCAAAACUUGAUGUUUAGUUGAUUAUUUGAAUCAGCUGUGUAGUGCUAGGGCAAAAACCAAAAUGUGCACACCUUGGGGUCCCGAGGACCGAGUUUGGGAAACCCUGUCUUUGUGUCACGCCCUGGCUCUGGGGACUCUUAUAUGUUGAGCCAGGGUGUUAGUUUCUAUGUUUUGUGUUCUAUGUUCAUGUUCUAGUUCAUUUGUUUCUAUGUUGGCCGGGGUGGUUCCCAAUCAAAGGCAGCUGUGGCUUGUUGUCUCUGAUUGGGAACCAUACUUAGGCAGGCUGUUUUGCACUUGUCAUUUGUGGGAUCUUGUUCCGGUGAGGUUUGUGUUUGUUAACCUUAGGACUUCACGUAUCGUUUUGUUGUUUUGUAAAUUGUUGUUUAAAGUACUCAUUAAAAGAUGUACGCAUAUCACGCUGCGCCUUGGUCCGUUGCUUACGACGAUCGUGACACUUUGAGACUUACCGGGAAAGACUCACAGCUGUAAUCGCUGCCAAAGUUGAUUAUAAUAUGUAUUGACUAAGGGGUGUGAAUACUCAUGUAAUUGAUAUAUUUUUGUAUUUCAUUUUCAAUAAAUUUGCAAAAAUGUCUAAAAACAUGUUUUCACUUUGUCAUUAUGGGGUAUUGUGUGUAUAUGGGUGAGAAAAAACAACAAUUUAAUCAAUUUGGAAUUCAGGCUGUAACACAACAAAAUGUGGAAAAAGUCAAGGGUUAUGAAUACUUUCUGAAGGUACUGUAUAGCGUGUUAAGUAGCACUGUUUUCACUUAGUAGCAGUCAACAUCUGAUGCUACACUUAAAUGCAAAACAAGCCUUUCCAUGGUUUCAGGGUGAUAAACAAGGAACCAAUGGUCAAAUGAUAUGUAAAUAUUUUGGUCUAGGGUUGAGAGUUCUACGUUAAAAAGUAGAACAAGAGAGCCUCUUAUUGUUCGUAUUUUUAGUGUAUUUUAAGUUUUGUUUCUUAUCUCUUUCAGUGGUGAAGAAAAGUCCCUGUAAAUGUAUUGUGGCCUUAAUCCUCAGUGUCUUAGUUCUCCUUGGGGCAGCCGGCGCGUUGGUUUGGUAUUUCUGUACGUACAUUACACAGUCUCCUCUCAUACAGUAUCAGUAUCUCCAUUGAUGCUCUUGACAUAAGCUGACAUAAUAUUAAUAAUGUUGCCAUUAUUUAAAUGCUUUCUAUGAAAGACUAGUUGACAUAAGCAAAUUCAGCUUGCGAAUUCAUCUUGCUAUCCAAAGACGCGUUUGCCUAUGUAGUUUAUAGGUGUAUCUGGAAGCAAAGGAAAAUGACCAUGUAGUUCUUAUUCAAUCAUUGAAAAGGCCAAGAAGAGUAAGCUUAUAGUCAUGGUCAGAGCUGUGAUGCCCUGUCUUGUGUGUGUGUGUGUGUCCACAGUGUCCUACCAGUGUGUGUUGGGGAGGUCCUGUAGCGAGGGAGGUGUGUGUCUGAGUGCCUCUCAGUGGUGUGAUGGCAUCAGAGACUGUCCAGGAGGAGAGGAUGAGUCACAGUGCCGUAUGUGUCCACUUAAUCAUGUUUAUCAUUACACUUAGAGUAUGCUGUUGACCAAUGCUGUGUUCAGGAACACACUGUUAAAAUAAAUGUAGAUAUGGGGGUUGUUCACACUUUGCUACAGUAUGGUUAAUUAUAUGAUUUUUGUUUUCAUGCUUUUCUCCCUGAAUUGAACGCUGUUCUAACAUCAAUCUCUACUUUCCAGUACGCCUCCAUGGGUCUGGUUCUGUGCUGCAGAGUUACUCGUCAGACAGUCAGACGUGGAAGCCAGUGUGUGCUGAUGACUGGAAUGACAACAUUGGCAGGGCCACCUGUCAGCAGAUUGGAUACAGCAGGUGGGUCACCAGGAGAAAUAGGAUCACAUACUGUACAUGUCAUAGAGUAUCAACUGUGAUCACUUUCACUUAUAUAUUCUGUGCUGUACAUUAUGUACAUAACAUAAGUGAUAUUUGAGGGGCUGACCAUACCUAUCUCUUUUUCCAAGUGGGUCCUAUGUUCGGUUCUCACAAAGAAACCCAGGCUCCUUGGCCUUUGAGGGCUAUAUGAAGCUGUCUGGCUUUGACCCUCAUUCCCUUCUACAGGGGCAGCUAACCAGCAGGUGACGAGAACAUUCAAUCCAACCUUUUUUUACUGAGUAAAUAUACCAACAUUUAAAAAUACAGAAUAUACCUUUUCUGAGUUGUGGGGAAUAAAUCAAAAAUGUACUUCAUGUAUGGAAUUGCUUUUUUUUUUAAUGUACAGAAUUGCUUCCGUAAACAUUUAUAUGACUCUCAUGGUGUAAUUUCCUCCUGCAGUCCCUACUGCUCAGCACAAGCAGUCUCCCUGCAGUGUAUUGGUAAGUCAUUACUUUAUCCUAACACUGAUUAUAUGCACAGACACAGCUGACCUUCAGGUUAGGACAGAGCUUAUAGAAACACAGUCAGGAAUGGGAACUCAACAGAAGGAGUUAUUGACAGGAGAUUGACAACCUUGACAUUUAGAUGAUCUGUGAUAUAUGUAACUGGUUUACUACUCUGGUCUAUGUCUUGACCAGGGACUUUGGGUUGGCUAUGGAAACAUGAAGAUGCUCUAGUACCAAACUAGAGAACCAAACUGAAGUAAAAACACUUUAACCCUAAAAGUACCAACUGGGGGCAAUUUGACCCCCUCAACAAAAUAUGAAAUAUCACAUUUACAUAAGUAUUCAGACCCUUUACUCAGUACUUUGUUGAAGCACCUUUGGCAGCGAUUACUGCCUCGAGUCUUCUUGGGUAUGACGCUACAAGCUUGGCACACCUGUAUUUGGGGAGUUUCUCCCAUUCUUCUCUGCAGAUCCUCUCAAGCUCUGUCAGGUUGGAUGGGGAGCGUUGCUACACAGCUAUUUUCAGGUCUCUCCAGAGAAGUUCAAUCGGGUUCAAGUCCGGACUCUGGCUGGGCCACUCAAGGACAUUCAGAGACUUGUCCCGAAGCCACUCCUGCGUUGUCUUGGCUGUGUGCUUAGGGUCGUUGUCGUGUUGGAAGGUGUCCGUUCGCCCCAGUCUGAGGUCCUGAGCGCUCUGGAGCAUGUUUUCAUCAAGGAUCUCUCUGUACUUUGCUCUGUUCAUCUUUCCCUCGAUCCUGACUAGACUCCCAGUCCCUGCCGCUGAAAAACAUCCCCACAGCAUGAUGCUGCCACCACCAUGCUUCACCGUAGGGAUGGUGCCAGGUUUCCUCCAGACGUGAUGCUUGGCAUUCAGGCCAAAGAGUUCAAUCUUGGUUUCAUCAGACCAGAGAAUCUUGUUUCUCAUGGUCUGAGAGUCUUUAGGUGCCUUUUGGCAAACUCCAUGUGGGCUGUCAUGUGCCUUUUACUGAGGAGUGGCUUCCAUCUGGCCACUCUACCAUUAAGGUCUGAUUGGUGGAGUACUGCACAGAUGGUUGUCCUUCUGGAAGGUUCUCCCAUCUCCACAGAGGAACUCUGGAGCUCUGUCAGAGUGACCAUCGGGUUCUUGGUCACCUCCCUGACCAAGGCCCUUCUCCCCCGAUUGCUCAGUUUGGCCGGGCGGCAAGCUCUAGGAAGAGUCUUCGUGGUUCUGAACUUCUUCCAUUUAAGAAUAAUGGAGGCCACUGUGUUUUUGGGGACCUUCAAUGCUGCAGAAAUGUUUUGGUACCCUUCCCCAGAUCUGUGCCUCGACACAAUCCUGUCUCGGAGCUCUACGGACAAUUCCUUCGACCUCCUUCGGCUUGGUUUUUGCGCUGACAUGCACUGUCAACUGUGGGACCUUACAUAGGCAGGUGUGUGCCUUUCCAAAUCAUGUCCAAUCAAUUGAAUUUACCACCGGUGGACUUCAAUCAAGUUGUAGAAACAUCUCAAGGAUGAUCAGUGGAAACAGGAUGGACCAGAGCUCAAUUUCGAGUCUCAUUGCAAAAGGUCUGAAAAAAAAUCUAAAAACCUGUUUUCAUUUUGUCAUGAUAGGGUAUUGUGUGUAGAUUGAUGAGGAAAGAAAUUGAAUUGAAUCAAUUGUAGAAUAAGGCUGUAAUGUAACAAAAUGUGGAGUCAAGGGGUCUGAAUACUUUCCGAAGGCACUGUAUGUAGCCUGUCUACCCAUCCACAUCGCGCCGGCCAAAACGACACGCCCACUAGCGUUUCUUCUUCAUGAUGACUCUGGAUUUGCGUUUCUUCCCUGACAUCUUAUAGAAUGCAAACACAUUCUGACCAUUCUGGUUGGACCAGAGCCAGGGCCAGAGCUAUCAUUGGCUUUGAUACUGUAAUUGGUUAGAGACGAUCUAGUCGCUGAUUGAUUUGUUUUGUACAACGCCCCUCAUUUUGACGUGAGCACAAACUUCUAGGAUUGAAGCAACAAUAACAAAAAAAAAAGCAAUUGGAACUGAGUUGAUAGCCCAUAGCAUUCCAAAGUUCGAGUGAAAUGUCUGAAAUGUCAUGUCGCCCAUAUCGGCGGCCAUCUUAGGUCCUAAAGGUUUGUCAUAGCUUAAUCAACAAUUUCUCAACCUCUAAGUAUCACAGAAACAUAACACUUUGAAUGAAUAACAGAAACAUUUUCAUGAUAAAUUGCUAUGGAUGAAAUUGAUCAAAACAUGAAAAAUAUAUAAAAACAUCAAUUUUUGUAUUACUGCUUGACAGUCUCUUUGCAAUCAUUACCAAUAAAAAAAAAAUGACAGCAGUUGUCACUUUAGGGUUAUAAAUAUGUUGGCGCUGUUAGGGUUAAAGCCUCUUUAUCCAUCAGAGAAGUGAUCCCUGUUUUGUUAAGUUAAAACCAGACUGGCUACCCCUCUUUGCCCUACAGUAUCUUGUGAAAGCCUGAAAGACUAGCUGAGAUUUGGCUCUGGGUGCCCAGAUUACUUUACAGUUAAUCUUGGAAAUGAGAAAGUUGGGUUGGAUUCUGUGUGUUGUUGUCUUGCUUCCAGACUGUGGUGUGAGGGUCGCGGCCCCUAGGAGCCGUAUUGUAGGAGGCGACUUAGCGGUGAGCGGGGCUUGGCCCUGGCAGGUCAGUCUGCACUCCAACUACCAGCACCAGUGUGGAGGCUCCAUCAUCAGCCCUGAGUGGAUCGUCACUGCAGCCCACUGUGUAGAAACGUGGGUGUGACUCAAUCUAACCUCAUACCAAGGCUAAUUUAAUACUUACUACUAAAGACAGAGAGCUGGCUGGUGAACGAGACUAGACUAAUUCAUCUGUUCCUCUCAGAGGAGAUUCCUCAAGGGAGGUAUAGAAAGAUUAUACUCCUCAACAUUUUAAUGAAUAAACAUACAAAAUAAAAACUAUUUUAAAAAAUCAUCCUUGUAAAUUAAACUAAACUACAGCAUGAUUUUGUGGUGGGAGCACUGCAACCAUGAAACCAGCAGAGAGAUAACCUCAGGACUUACUAUUGUCUGUUUCCUCUGGGUCCUUCAAUAUGAAUUCAAUCACUUUCUGACUGCACCCCUUUUCAUUUAAACAAAACCUUCCAUACAUGUUUGCCCAUGGUAGAAGUGGUCAGAAAGUGACUUUUUGGACCGGAAUGGCAAAAACAUUCAGAAAAUAGAGGUGGUCAAAGUGACCCAUUUUUCAAAAUCACUGAAAAAGAUAAACGGUUGAGUUUGAUGUCAUUUGAAAGCUUACAAACAGGGUUGUCCAACUAUUCUAUGAUGUCUUUUUAAAAUAACAUUAAAAAAUUCUAACCUUUAACGUCAAUUAUUUAAAAACUUGUAAAUUCUGAUUUAAAAAAUAAAUAAUUCACAAAUGUUGUAGCUUAGACCCUAUUUUACAUAAACUGAGUUGUUUGUGUUGUGCCCGUCAUCGGUUGAGACAUAGCAUACUCUUGAAUACAGGGUGGGAGUUGAAGCUUUUUAUAGAUAAUGUUAAAGAUAAAUAUAUAUAUAUAUAUAUAUACAUAUAUAAAAUAAAUUCUUCAAUAAAUCAUAAAACAGUUUGACAACCCUGUUUGUAAGCUUUCAAAUUGUAUCAUACCCAAUCGUUAAAAAAAUUAUGUGAUGAACACAUGGAUGUCUCAUGGUAGGGUGGGGUAUGCAAAAUGGGUAAACUUUGAGCACCUCUAUCUCCUGAAUAUUUCUGCAUUCAGGUCCAAAAAGUCACUUUCUGAUCACUUUUACCAUUGGCAAAGGUUUCAUUCAAACUAAAAGGAGUGCAGUCAGAAAAUGAUUGAAAUCAUAUGGAACAACCCCUCUGUCAUUGUGUAUGGUAGGCUAUCACGGCCCAGUCAGUGGACGGUGUAUGCUGGCUAUUUGACCCUGAUACAGAUGGCUUCUGGCACUGGCAAUUCAGUGGGACGCAUCAUCUCUCACAAAAAAUAUGAUAAGCAGACUAAGGAUAAUGACAUCGCUCUUAUGAAACUGAACACACCCCUCACUAUGUCAGGUAAGUUACUGGUCUAUUUCAAACAUUUUAAUGACAAAUUACCUUGGGGUUUGGAAAAAGAACAGUAUGAUGUGAAUUGUCACAAAUGCAUAGUAAAGUUGCAUUCAACCUUUUCAAUUUUGUGAAGGAACCCUAACAUAGUUAAUAUUAUUUAUAAUAUAUAUUUUUUUAACGUGUCAAUGUUUUGGAAGUCAUAUUGGAGUACAACACUCCAAGCCAGUCUUAAAUGUUUUGGGUUGUAGAUAAGGUGGGACCAGUGUGUCUGCCCAACGUCGGAGUGAAUCUGACUCCCCAGCGAGAAGCCUGGAUCUCUGGAUGGGGAUCCAUUAGGAGCGGUGGUAAGACAACUUUUAUUACAGGACCAAUGACUGUCAUUAUUAAACACAGGUCAUCAGAAUAAAAUCUAUUUGUUGUAUUAAAUCUUUAUGAUUGACAAUAAUUUUGAUGACUCCAGGGCCGGUGUCAGAAAACCUGCAUCAGGCCCAGAUCACCAUGUACAGCAGACAGACAUGUAACGCACCGUUGGUGUACAAUGGACUUGUCACCGCCUCUAUGAUCUGUGCUGGGACACUGGCAGGAGGAGUGGACUCAUGUCAGGUCAGAUUCACACAUAAAACCACAUACUGUACAUGUGCGGCACAUACUGUAGGCUAUCUAAUCUUUUUAAAUAGAUAUUUAUGGGAAGUUCUUUUUACAUCCUACUUGAUGCUACAUGUAUUCUUUCUUAUUUGAUCUCAUCUUAUGAUUUGUUGUUUUCUUAUUGUGUUAUGAUAGAGCGGAUCUUGGUAUAGUGAAGAAAUAAACAUGCUCUGGAAGGUAUAAAGUUAUGAUCCCAUGAGGUAAUGCUAACUUAGGGGUUCACUUUUGUGUCUUGCAGGGGGACAGUGGAGGACCCAUGGUGGCCAAGGAGGGUUCAUUAUGGUGGCUGGUAGGGGACACUAGCUGGGGUAUAGGUUGUGCUCUGAAUAACAAGCCAGGAAUCUACGCCAAUGUCUCCCACUUCCUCCCCUGGAUAUAUGAACAAAUGCAG